GACGGCAGAAGAAACAUCCUCUGAAAAGGAAAGAACAAGAACAAAAAAAAAAAAAAAAGGGAAUGUUCAUCAUUUUCUACUUAUUCUUCUUUUCCUUCUAAAUUCUAAUCUAAAAACCCAGAAUCUACAGAGAAAUAAGAACAGGGAGAAACUGAAGAGAAAAAGAUGGGUGGGGUGACAUCAUCUAUGGCUGCCAAGUUUGCAUUUUUUCCGCCCAACCCACCUUCAUACAAGCUGAUUAAGGAUAAAGCAACUGGGCUUUUGCUUUUGGACCCUUUUCCUCACCGUGAAAACGUCGACGUUUUGCGUCUCCCUACUCGCCGUGGCACCGAAAUCGUUGCUGUGUACGUGAGGUACCCCAUGGCCACCUCCACUCUGCUCUAUUCGCAUGGGAACGCGGCUGAUGUUGGCCAAAUGUAUGAGCUUUUCAUCGAACUAAGCAUCCACUUAAGAGUCAAUCUCAUGGGGUAUGACUACUCUGGCUAUGGACAAUCAUCAGGAAAGCCUAAUGAGCAGAAUACUUAUGCUGAUAUUGAAGCUGCAUACAAGUGUCUUGAAGAGAGCUAUGGUGCCAAGCAAGAAAAUAUCAUCCUUUACGGUCAGUCUGUGGGAAGUGGUCCUACUGUGGACCUUGCUGCUCGUUUACCUCGACUAAGAGCUGUUGUUCUGCAUAGUCCUAUACUAUCAGGGUUAAGGGUCAUGUAUCCUGUGAAGCGCACUUAUUGGUUUGACAUCUACAAGAAUAUUGACAAAAUGUCACUGGUAAAGUGUCCUGUGCUGAUCAUUCAUGGAACUAAUGAUGAUGUUGUUGACUGCUCUCAUGGAAAGCAACUUUGGGAACUCUGCCAAGAAAAAUAUGAACCACUAUGGGUCAAAGGAGGAAACCACUGUGAUUUGGAACUCUACCCGGAUUAUAUUAGGCAUCUAAAGAAAUUUAUAUCAACAGUUGAGAAAUCACCUUCUCGAAGAAAUGGUUCUAGGAGAAGUACGGAUGGUAUUGACCAGUCUAGGCAUAGUACUGACUACUUUGAGGCUCCAAGAAGGAGUAUAGAUCACAGGGAAAAACCAAGGAAAAGCACUGAUAGCAGGGACAAGCCAAGGAAAAGCACUGAUAGCAGGGACAAAUCAAGGAAAAGCACUGAUAGGCCAGAAAAACUGAAAGUUCAUGAGUAUAAUAAAUUUAAUAACAUCCACAAGCUAGAAAAGCUAAGAACAUCCUUAGACCAGAUGGAUAGAAUGGAGAGGAUGGAGAGGUCGCGCAGAAGUGUGGAAUAUCAUGAUAAAUCUAGGAGAAGCAUUGACCACCAGCUAGAAAAAGCGAGGAAGAGUGUUGAUUGGUUAGAUAGAAUCCAAGCAGUUUAGAACUUUGUAAAUUUGGUUCACUGAGUUUGUUCAAGUGGGAGGGGAUAGAGAAAGAAGAAACAGGGGAAAAUGGAGGAAUUGUUUUGGACUAAUAACUUAUUGUUUUAGAAUUUGUAUGUUGGUCUUCAAAGUUGUCUUCAAAGUUGCAUGAAAGCAGUGUCAUGGAUUGUAGGGUUUGGUAUAUUUUUGAGAUUUGUUUUCUUUGAUUUUCAAUGAAAGAAUCUAACCGGCCGGUUUUCUUGUGGAAAAGUGAAAGCUUGUAAUUAACAAUGAUUUCAUUUUAAUUUUCAGAUUUUGUAUUCUA